AGGGGCCUUCCCUUUCUCUACUAGCUUUACCUCCUCUCCCUUUACAGCACUUGCCCCUCGCUCCGCCCUUCCCUGCACCUUGCACGCCAGAGCAACAAAGAGGGUGCAGCACCCCGAAGAGGCAACGCGUCCCUCUUGGUCUUGCUUGGGAAUGGGGUUUUUUCCUGCCUUAAAGUUGUGGUAACCCUUGGCAGGCUAGAUUUGCUCUGCCUCGUGGCCGUUGCCUCACUUUCCCAGUUCUGUGUAAGAUUUCCUGUUUCUCUUCUUAUCGCCUCCUGGUGUGACGCCGCAUUCAGUUUCUGCACUCCUGAUCCCAUUAAAUCAUUUCCUCUGAUCUCUCGAUAUUCUCCCACUGUCUGUUGUGUGCAAACAACCGUGCAUCUCCUUUUCGUUAUGCAUGUGCUAGGCUGCCUCCUUAUAUAACUUCCCACCCCAAAUCCUGAGCUUGCUUCUCAUUUCCUUUGUGGCCUUUCUCUCUCUAUGGUCCACUGAUGCUAGGGCGGGGGGGGGGGGCAAGGAAAGGAUGCCUGCAAGAGAAGCAGGAAGUCUUGGAUUUCAGACCCUUGCAGCACUCCUACCUCCCAAAGCUCAGGACAUGUGGUUUUUGCAGGCCUCAUUUUUCUCCUUCGCAUUCUGUGGGCUCAGGAAUGCUUGGUCUCUACAGUUCUGCCUAGCUUGUCUUACUUUCUUAGAGAGGGAAGUCUGGCAGAUGUGAUCCUGAACAUGUGCUGGCAGGCAAGGCAUUGUCCUGGAGAGAAGAGGUGGCCAAGGGGUUCCUUGCCUUCAAAUGGGAAAGAAUGCAGGAAUUUCUUUCUAGCUUCUUUGUUCCAGUGAGAGAGCAGUAGCGAGAAAAACAAAACCCACCAAAGAGGAGACUGAAGAAGCUGUGUUGCUGUUGCUAACUUUGCUGUCUGGUCUUCGACCGCAGUAAAGGUUGGUUGGUUGGUUGGUGGUUGCUGAAGAGACUGUUUGUGUUUAAUGUGCUGGAAGGUGCCUCUUGUAUUUUUUAAUUUAGGCCAUGUCAGUGAACUGGACCAGAGUAUGCUGGAGGGUGGGUGUAGUGCAAUAAAACAUAUGGGGAGGGAAAGUUUCAACAGGAAAUGCUGGGUAACAUGAUUCCUCUGUGUGUACACAUGACCUCAGUCAAUAUUUACAUAAUUGAGACAUGUGUUGUGGUGCAAAUGUAAGACUUUCCAUGUUUGGCCUUUUGUUCAUUUCAUGGUGGUAAUAAACACCGAGACACUAGCUUUACAUUUUCAGUACGCUCAUGGAAACAGAGUACUGUAUGUUGUGUUCAGUUUCACUUUGAGUUGUUUUCACCGUUCCAGUAGGAAGUAAAUCAAUAGUAGGGUAUUUUACAGUGUUUCAGCUGUGCUCUUGUAACUUCUCUUUUUCUCUGUCUGAGUUGUACUUGAAAAGCCUCUUUUGAAUUUGCAAAACUCAUUUGGAGUUUUGCAGUUCAGUGGGUUGUAGAUUGCAUCUUGUCACUAAAGUGAGGAAACCUUGCUAGUGUUGUUUUCUGAUGUUUCCUUCUAUGGAUGAAAGCUACAUGGCUGCUCUUAAGUGUGGUGUUUGUGUUUGAGAGAGGCUGUUAGCUUGCAGUGCAACUCCAUCCUGGAGCUAAGGUGUGGUAGGUACUACUGCUGCCUUUGGAUAAACCAGUUAUAUUACUCUGUAAAACAUGCAGUGUUAAAGCAGAAUUUAUUAUACUAUGUGAUAUUGUAGGAGAACUAAGGUGUAAAUGAAAGCACUGAAAAAGAAAACAACUUUGAGAAAUAUGUUUACAAACUUAGCCAUAAGGGGCGGAUCUGUUAGCUCAGGCAAGCAAAUCUGUUAGGCAAUAUCAUUGGCAUGAAGUUCCUCUUCCUCAAGGAAGGUCAGGAAGAUAACAUUACCAAAGGUGAAGGUAAUAAAAAGUAUCAGUGUCAGUAUCUUGCAGAUUAUAAAAGUAUACAGUGGUACCUUGGUUUAAGAACAGCUUAGUUUAUGAACAACUUGGGUUAAGAAUGCUGCAAACCUGGUAGUAGGUGUUUUGGAUUGUGAACUUUGCCUUGGAAUAACACGUUUUGCUUCCUGUUGAGUGUGGUCCAUUUGUAAAUUGAGUCGUCGCCGUCCCCCCCCCCCCCCCCCGCUGCUAUGGGAAAGCACACCUUGGUUUAAGAACCUACUUCCGGAAUGGAUUAAGUUCAUAAACCAAGGUACCACUGUACUGUGAGCUGUCCUUAGGCCUGACAAGCUAGUUGUCCGCAUGGAAGUGUUACUUGCCCCUUGCGAAUGGCUUCCUGUAAGUCUGACGUAUAAAUAUCCUGACUAUAAUUUGGGGGAAUUUGCUGCAAAAUUGAAUUAGUUUGGAAGAUGUUACAGUUGCACUCCUAAAGAGAACAGUUACAGGUAGGUAGCCGUGUUGGUCUGAGUCGAAGCAAAAUAAAGAGAACAGUUGAAGUUGCUGUUUUGCUGAGACAGGGCCAGAUACAUCUUUGUCUAUUGUAUAUGUAAAUUAACAUAAGUGCACUUACACAAAUGCAGGAGUGUUUUGCAGAAUGCCAGAAUUUUUCCAUACACUUUGAUAAAGCUCCCCCCUCCUUACCACCUCCCCCUCCCUGCAGUCUCAGCCCUCCCAUGGUUCUUCCAGUCCAUAAAACAUCAAUCAUGCUUGUAACGCUCUAGAAAGGCCAGGAGUUUAUGAUGUACUGUAUUGCAAUGUGGGUUUCCAAUAGACUCCUCUGUGUGUGUAUGCAUAUGUGUGUGGCUGUUACACUCCUUUGGGAAUACCCUGUGUAACUAGUACUGUUGAACAGAGUUCAGGACGGGAGUUAUUUUUCUUAGUAUAAAAAUAAAUCUUUUUGGCACUACAGUUAACACAUAUUAAAGGCCUAUACAUCUGAUGGUAGAGAAACCCACAUUGAAUGUCCAGUCGCAAACCUAAAACUUAAGUGUCCUUCAAUGAUAACAAUUUAACAUGUGCUACUUAAACCAUCAUAACUAACUGGCUAGUACAGUCGUACCUUGGUUUACGACCCGUUCGGGUUACGAACUCUGCAAACCCGGAAGUGUUUCCGGCGUGCGUGUCCCGCGCAUGCGCAGAAGCGGCAUGCGCGCGAAAAUCAUGAAAAACGCGCUUUGCGCAUGCGCAGAAAUGGCGUUCGGUUUGCGACCUUUUUGGGUUACGAACCGCGAUCCGGAACGGAUCGUGUUCGUAACCCAAGGUACUACUGUAUACAGUAUUUCAAAUUAAAAGCACAUCAUACAUUAAAAGUACAUUAAACAAGACAGCUAAAACCUAAACAAAACAUAGAGUUCAAAAGAAAAAAAGUUCAGGUCCCUGAUCCAUGCACAUUUUACUUGAGAGGAAGCCCCAUUGAACUCAGUUGGGAUUUACUUCUGAGUAACGGGAAGCUACGAACAUGAGUCUGACCAAACUGCGGGAGGCAGUGGAAGACAGGAGUGCCUGAUGUGCUCUGGUCCAUGGGGUCAUGAAGAGUCGGACACGACUAAACAACAACAACUGGCAGAUCCAGAUCAGGAUUGAAAAUCCUUUUCACCCCUAAAUGGUGCCCAAAUUGCUUCUUUUGUUUCUUAUACAUUGCAUUUUAUUGUAUUACAAUUUGAAUUCCUUAACAUUGUAAAGUACAGUGCAUUAGAGUUGCUAAACACAGAGGAAAAUAAUUAAGUGGUCCACUAAGAUGCUCAGCAGUUUUCAAGUGCACUGUGGAUGGGAAGUUAGAAAACCACUGCUCCUGUCUAGAUUCUCCUUCCAUCUCCCACAUGUGUGAAAUUCCACCAAGGUUUAAUUUCUCCUGUUAAUUCUGUAGACAAGCCCAUUCCUCCAACAGUUUCAAUGAAGGCUGAUGGGUGUGGGGAGAGUUUCGCAACUCUCUUGAGCAGGCAUCCCCAAACUUCGGCCCUCCAGAUGUUUUGGACUACAAUUCCCAUCUUCCCCAACCACUGGUCCUGUUAGCUAGGGAUCAUGGGAGUUGUAGGCCAAAACAUCUGGAGGGCCACAGUUUGGGGAUGCCUGCUCUUGAGGAAAGAGCCAGACAAGGCAGUGAGAGCUUUGCUCCCUCCCAUUUUCAGUGGAUAAGACAAGAUGGGAAUGAGAUGGAUGGAGGGAGGAAAAAGGCAGCCAAUCCAAGGCUGCUGAGAGAGAAACACUGCCUUUCUGUAAGGCCAGCUGAGAGGUGGAACCUAUCAGCAAUCUCUUGGAAGUCUAGCGGGAAGGAAUUUCUCCUCUCAAAGCCUCAGCAGUGGCAGUUUUAAUCUGAAAUAUUAGGUGCAGUACUGCUCCCAGAGUUCAGAAACUGCUUGCAUUUAUGAAAUUCCCUGUUGUAAAAUGUGUCUAGAAAAAUGAGAGUUUUGAACAUUGCACCCAGUGUGAGGCAAGUUGGGUGAUUGUGCUAUUGGCCCACCUCAUGGUUUGAGUGAAAAUUUCCACACACACCCAUUCUGGUCUGAAACUCUCCACUAAGCACUCACUUUUCCCACUUAGGACUUGCUUGUGUUCCUUUUUGGAGAGGCUUGCAGUUAUAGCAGGUAGUCAAUGCGGGAAGCUGUGUAACGCUGCUUGAUUUGACUAGGACUGCUGCCAGUGUUUGAAACUCCCAUUGUUCUAGGUGCAUUUUGUGACAGGGAAUUUCAUUAGCGUGAGCAGUUUCUGAGCUCUGGGCACAGUCCUGCGCCUAAAAUUUCAGAUUAAAACUACAGAGUGGAAGGAAAGGAGGACCCUUUUUCGCCUCCCUACUUCCUGCUACUCUCUGAAGACUGGAGAAGAGACCCUUUUAAGAAUAUUAGGGUGGUGGGCAGGGGAAGGAAUAGACCAUUUGAAAAAUGAACAUAAUAUUUUAGUUGCAGUUUAGUCAUUUUCAGCUUUGUAUUCUUGUUAUUUAAAAAGUGUGCCUAGACAUUCCGUUGUUGCGCCCAUAACCUAGGUUUAAGGUGCUAUUUAGCUCCUAGCUUUUAUAUCUCAGUUUCUAACACUGACUGCUGCAGGGCUUAGCAGCAAGCAUCUUUCAUGAGUAGUCAUUCUAACAUAUGGUAACUAUAACGAAAUAAAAUGAUAGUGGCAUUUUUGGAAUAUUUGACCAAGGUUAGAUAGGCAUUUCAAGCAGGCCAACUCAGCUCUAAUCUCUUGACUAAUAACAAUGUCUUCAAUUAUUAUACUGAAUAUUUAUCAUGCUUUUUCAAUUACAUUUUUAAAAUGGGAAUAUUUAUUGUGUUGCCAGCUUGAUCCACAUUGCUGAAGGUUUUUGGCAUAACUGGAAGUUGCCUGGGAGACUUACUCUCAUCUAGACUAGAGUAAGAGUGAUUCAUUCUGGGGCAGCUGCUGAAGAGGGGUUCUUUGUAUGCCUUGUUUGUAUCGACUCAGUGUAUAGAUCAUAGGGCUGGAAAUAUAUGUUAGAUGCCAGGUUGCCAUAGCGAUUGAAAUUUGGUUCUAUUGCAGUGCUUAGCCUUAGAAAACUAUUCUGUCAGCUUGUGAAAAUCUUUGCACAUGUACCCAGUCUUGGUUAUAAAUGAUACCGUACCAGAGGAUGUACAGAACUUGUCUGUGCAAGUGGUCAUAAUUCCUCUGUCACAGCAACUGUCAUAUGAAAUAAAUCAUCCUUAUUUUUAUCUGUUUAACAAAAUUUCUAUACUGAUUAUAAAUAGAACCUCCAAGUCAUUUACAUAAACUAAAACAAACAAUGAAAGGCAAAUUUAAAGGUUUUUCCCCCCAAAAAAUCAAAACAUAAUUAAAACCAACUGUUAAACUAAAAGCAGAUUUAAAACACGUGUUAAUUUCUACAUGUCAUGUAAGAAUAUUUUAAUACCUUACUUAUUUCAUCUUGGCUACACAGAGAAGUAGCUCAAUGAUACUGUGGAAAGCUCUGAUACAGUUUAGGCAUAGUUUAUCAUGUUAAAGCCAAACCAUGGUUUGGUAUAUGGACUUGGGUGCUCCUCUCACAUGCUCAGAUUUCCUCUGAUUUCAGUUUGCUGCGAUAGCUGAAUUAGGAAAACUAGGGUUUCUAUAAAUGGCAGCUUGCCUCCAAACAAGAACUAGAAAGUAGUUUGAAGUUGAAUGUGAGGUUAUUCUUUCAUGCAGUGUGGUCAUCAGCAUAAAAUUGCAGUUGAAGCUUCCCUGUAACGAGAGUGCAGUACGAAAAGGCAGGACAAGCCACAGCUUAAUGUCAGACCUGUACCUCUGCUUCCCUCAUAGCUGGCUCAAUUUUAUUAGCAAGUACAGUAUUUUUUUUUAUUAUGAUGCUUGGCAUGUAUUGUUUAUUUUAAAUGUUGUAAGUAAUUGUUUUGAAAAAUGAUACCCUUAAAGUAAUUCAGAGAUACUGGAAAAUGAGCAUCCAGCCAUAGGUGUGUGCAUGUAAGGAUUGUUGGCAUCAGUGAAAUGCUGCUUCAUCACCUCUUUGUGUUUUGAUCUGGCUUUCAUGCUGCUUUUUAAAACAAUUUAUUAAAAUUUCAAAUAUACAUUUUCCACCUUUAAAUAUACCACAGUACAUCCAAUGACUUCCCCUUUUCUCUUUGUUUUUACUUGUACUUCCAAAAGUAACUGCAUGUUAUAUUUCCUUCAUCUAGUUUCCCCCUUACUCUACAUUAAUCCUGCUAGCAUUUUCACUUGCUUACAAUUGUUUUCCAAAUACUCCACAAAUAAUUUCCCUUCCCCUUUAUACACGUGUUCUUCUUGUUCUCUUACCUUGCUGGCUAGGCCUGCUAGCUCUGCAUAGUCCAUCAUUUUUAGUUGCCAUUCCUCCUCUUUUGGAACCUCUCUCACCUUCCAUUUCUGAGCUAACAAAAUCUGAGCUGCUGUUCUUGCAUCCAUAAAUAGCUUUUUCUGCCCUCUGGGUACCUCUGUCUGUACCAUACCCAAAAUAAAUGCUUCUGGUUUGUUUGGUUUUUUCCGAAUAUCCUUGUAAACAUUUUUUUUCCCAUUUCAUUAUAAAUAAUUUCCAAAGCAUCCUUUGGAAUGGUUAUUCACAUGACCACCAUAUAUGAUAAAAUGUUAUUUCUGCUUCUUGACAUUUCCAACAUAUACCUGUUUCGCUUUUAUACAUCUUUGCUAAUUUACUUUGAGUUAGGUAUCAUCUAUAAAUCAUUUUCAUAUAAUUUUCCUUCAGUGUGCAACAUGCAGUAAAUUUUAAAUCCGUCUUCCAUGUGGCAAUCAUGCUUCAAGGUAGAUUAGGGAGGAGUUUGUGGCCACAGUCCAAGUGUGCAAUUUCCUCCUCCUUGCCCAUAAGUGCAAAAACAACUUUCUGUGUUCUCGCUCAGCCAGUGCUGAUAUCAUGUUGAUUACUGAAUGGAAACCAGGCCUCAUUUGGGUAUUUGCAUAACUUAAAGGGGUAUGACAUUGGGUUUCAUGCUAGGGUGGAGUAGAGGAUAAACAACUUGAUAAUUCUUUUAAGGAAGCACUUAAAACAGAAUUAUAAAGAAUAGAUUAAUAAGGUAUCUUUAUUUUUCUGUAUCUCAUUGGUUCUGUUAUGUACAUUUUCACGAUCACUUCAGAAUUGCUGGUUACCUGGAAAUGCAGGCAUGUUUGGUUCCCUGUGUCAACAGAUCUUGUUAGUCUCUAUGGCUACAGAAGAUAGUCUUGUUUGCUCUUAGUAGACAAGGCUAGGUUUGAUGAAAAGGGAACUAUAUCAUAUACAUGAAUUAGUAAUGUUUAUAUGUAAUAGACUCGAAACUUGGCUGCCAUCCGCCUGUCUGCGUAGUUGUUUCUCAGGUAUUGGCUUAGACAAGUUGCUGUGGCUCGCUGCUUAUGGUGACUGUGUCAGCAGUAGAACGUGGAAUUUUUCCUGAAGGGAUAAGUACCUGUAAUCUUGAAGGCACAGAGUAAAGGGGAAAAGCAACCACUAAGAGAGAAGUGCCAGAGGAAGAAAGUAUCUUGCUCAGGGGCAAGGAGUUGGAUUACAGGAAGGGACUUGUGAAGUUGGAAGCCAAGAAGCCAAGAGUGCAGUGAGUGUGCCGAUCUAAUAAAAGUCCUUGGAUCUGCCUGACUUGUUCAAGUGUUCACUGUGGAAGAUAUGUGAAUGGGCAUGCAAAGAAACAUUAUGAAGAGGCUCAAGUUUCAUUAGCUAAUCACAAGAAAACAGAAAAGCAAGAGAAGAUUCAACACACAGUGUGCAUGGAUUGCAGUAGUUACAGUACAUACUGUUAUCGCUGUGAUGACUUCGUAGUCAAUGAUACCAAGUUUGGACUGGUACAGAAAGUCCGAGAGCACCUCCAAAAUUUGGAAAAUUCAGCUUUUGCAGCAGACCGACAGAGGAAAAGAAAACUUCUGGAAGACUCCUCCCUAAACAGCAAAUUGUUGAAAAUAAAUGGAAGCACCACAGCCCUGUGUGCUACAGGCCUUCGGAAUCUGGGUAACACAUGUUUCAUGAAUGCGAUUCUUCAGUCACUCAGUAACAUUCAGCAGUUCUGUUGCUACUUCAAAGAAUUGCCGGCUGUGGAGCUUCGGAAUGGGAAGACUGCAGGCCGGAGAACUUACCAUACUCGGAGCCAAGGGGAUAACAGCAUUUCAUUGGUAGAAGAGUUUCGGAAGACUCUGUGUGCUUUGUGGCAAGGGAGUCAAACAGCGUUCAGCCCUGAAUCAUUGUUUUAUGUUGUUUGGAAAAUCAUGCCAAACUUUAGGGGCUACCAGCAGCAAGAUGCCCAUGAAUUCAUGCGUUACCUUUUGGACCAUCUGCACUUGGAACUCCAAGGAGGCUUCAAUGGUGUUUCCCGCUCAGUCAUCUUGCAAGAGAAUUCGGGUCUUUCUGGUGGCAGUAGAUGCUGCAUAAAUGGCACUUCUACUGUUGUCACAGCCAUCUUUGGAGGCAUUCUACAGAAUGAAGUCAACUGCUUGAUAUGUGGGACUGAAUCCAGAAAGUUUGAUCCAUUCCUAGACCUUUCGCUAGAUAUUCCAAGUCAGUUCCGAAAUAAACGUAAGAACCAAGAAAAUGGACCAAUGUGUACAUUACCAGAUUGUCUUCGCAGUUUUACAGACCUGGAAGAACUUGAUGAAACAGAGCUCUAUAUGUGCCACAAAUGUAAAAAGAAGCAGAAGUCCACCAAGAAAUUCUGGAUCCAGAAACUACCAAAGGUGCUGUGCUUACAUCUAAAACGCUUUCACUGGACAGCUUAUCUGAGGAACAAAGUGGACACGUAUGUUGAGUUUCCCCUGAGAGGCCUAGACAUGAAAUGUUACUUGCUAGAGCCUGAAAACAGUGGUCCAGAAAGCUGUCUGUAUGACCUUGCAGCUGUGGUGGUGCACCAUGGUUCAGGGGUUGGCUCUGGACAUUAUACAGCCUAUGCGACUCAUGAAGGCCGAUGGUUCCAUUUCAAUGACAGCACCGUGACGCUGACUGAUGAGGAGACGGUGGUGAAAGCCAAGGCUUACAUACUCUUCUAUGUAGAUCGGCAGGCCAAAUCAGCAUCUGAUAAACUUUAAUACCUCUUCCUGCCCAGUGCAUAUCAAGUCCAUCAGGCAAAACAUUUCCAAUCCUCCACAGAUACUUGAUACAAGACUCUUGAUUUCAUUGUGCACUUUUCAUUUUUUUCCCUUGUGGGUUCUGGUUUUAUUUUGUCAGUAGUAGAGUAUUUGAUUUGUUAACAUGGACACAAGCUAACUGUUGUUAAGUCAUACCAGGAAAAAAAACACCUCAGAAGAUAUUGAUUUGUUACUUCAACCCAAUUUUUAUAUAUAGUUUCAAGAGCUAUUUUAGUUGUUUGACUUUGUAUAUCAUUGUAUAUCAAUGUUGGAGUUUGCUUUCUGAAGGCACAUUUACAUCAAAGAAACUUGAAUCCUUCUAAUAAGCACAUUUGUGUACCUAAUUAUGAAAUAGUCUGGAGGCUUUCAGCUGUUUGGAUAGGCUUUUAUUCUUAAGAUCAAGGACUUGUACCAAACACUUGAUGUGUGGACAGUUGUUUGGCUGCCUGUAAAAAGGAAAGGAGUGUAUGAAUUGUGGCUUCAUUCAACAGGCCAUGUAAUCGCUGCUACUCUUUGUCUAUGGAGGCUGCUUUCUUUCAAAAUUCUCUGUACUUUAGUAGCUGGCUGCAAAUUGUUUAUAAUAGAAACUUGCUCCAUUUUUUUCAUUUCUCCUUUAAAGCAAGAGGAAAGAUUAGUGUUCUACAGCGAUUAAGCUAUAAAAAAGCUGAGAAAAUUCAGGAUUUGCUAGUCUUUCCAUUAAGGUUAGAACUGUGUAUAAUCCAUCUCAUAAUGCUAUCAUGCAUCCUUUUGUCUUGUGAUGCCUUGAAGGUAGAAUGGAAUAGGUAAAAUUGCCAUUCCUGUAUCAUGGAAGCAACAGUCUUGGGUGACUGCAAAUGUAGAGACUGUAGUCUUCACCAGUAUUAAUAGUCCCUGUGCAGCAUUGCAAUCCUGGGUUCCUUGUUGGCAUUUCUUUGCUCUGCAUCUUGUGGUUUGUUGCUGCAGAUUUGGUUUACAGUUGUAAGAAGCCCAGCCCAGCAGGGAUUUUGGCUCUCACUGACUAGUUCAAAUGAACAGAAGGGUGCUCUCUUGCAACUCUGGCUAUUUUGAGGAGAGGCUGGCCCCCUCAGAUUGUGCCCAUGUGAUUUACACAUACUUGAUUGCUUUUUCACACACCCAAUAGGAAAUUAUAGCACCAUUUUGUGGUGCUAUUUUCACCCCAGGGUUUCAAAUUAGAGAAGAGAAUCGGGUCGCUGGAAUUUGUAAUGAACCUCCGUGAUGCCCAAAGGGUCCAUGGUAGGGUUAUGAUCAAGCUCCCUGGGAUUAUAACCCUGAAUUAGCAUCUGCUUAAGUGAGGAAGCAGAGCAAAACAUCAGGUCACACCAUGUGCUACGGCAUAUUUCCUCAGCACCAGCUCCUACUGGAAUUAAGGAGGAAGCUUCAGAAAGUAAUGUAAAUGUGCCUUUCUUAAAAAUCGGCUAUGUCUAAUAGCUGGGUCUGGUUCUCAUUUCUCCCCUUUCUCUUCUACCUUUUGCCUCCCUCUUCCUCUCCUUUUUUGUCAUGGUAUCUUUCCCCUGUGUGAAGACCUUCUUUCUUUUUGGAAUGUGGCAGUUGAAAUGCAAUGCGCUUGUUCCUGUUUUGAAGCCGGCUGUGUGGUAGCUCAGGCACGUAAGUUUGGACAAAGAGCCUUUUCCUGAUUUGGCUCCACCCACCCCUGCAAACACAAAUGUCUAAUCAGUGAGUUGUGGCAACACAAGUUAUUUCUCUUCCUGGUGGAGAUUUCCUUAUCUGCUGGAUUAUACUCAGUGAGUCGUGUCAAAGUGACAGAUUUGAAGCAGUCAAAGUGUGUACUGCGCCUGAACUAGUAUUUUAUUUUUACCCUUGUUUGUAUAACCUGAGUCUAAGGGGGAGGGUGGGGGAACUUUUUCAGUUCUGCCACCUCAGCUGCCAGGUGUAGCACUGCCAGCCAGUGACAGUUAUGGGCAGGAAUGUGCAGCUGGUAAUAUAGAUAAGCACCAGAAAUGCUCCCUGAAAAAGCACUGGCUUAGUUCAUGCUAGUUAUCAACACUUCCAGAUUAAAGGUUGCUCCCCUGUGUAGUUGUUGGGAACCAUGCCCUAUCUCACCCCCCCUCCACCCCACCCCACCCGUUUCCUGCAAGAUGAAGCCUGUCUGCUUCACAAAUGGUCCACCACUGCCACCCCAAAGGUGCUCUGCCUAGGAAGUUCUGUUGAUGGACCAGAGUGGAUUAGGCAGUUCAAAGAAGAUCCAACUACAAAGGUGAGAGGUAGCCAGACUUUCAGGCACUUGUGGUGACUGGUUGGAAAUGGCAGUGUGGUGCUCCCCCCCUCCCCUUUCUUUUUCACUCUCUCGCUCUCACUGGAGUGGUGAUCUGCAUCUUGAAUGCCCUUUGGUGCCUGCGUGCAUGAGAGGGGCCUUGGGGUUAUAGUGCCAUAGCUGUGAUUGUUUGCCAUUAAAAUAUUGUGUGUAAUCCUCGGUGAGGACUGUUGCGCAUUUUGGAAGGGGAUUGUUGGCCACAAUUCAAAUUCCUUCAUAAAACAUAUUCCUCUGAAAGAUUCGCCAUUAAAGUCUUUUCUCUCUGUG